AAAUGGAAUUGCUGCAAUCUACAUAUAGUAGAUAUCAACAUACGCUGCUACUGAGAACAUCUCAACUAUUAAGUUAGUGGAAUUUAUGAAUGUGGUCUUCUGACAGAAGACACCAGGCCAAUAAUAUGGUGAUUCAAGGCAUUGUUAUAUUAUCAUUGCUAAUAACGCAGGCGUUAUGUUCACCAACUGGAUGUAUAGAAUGCAGUUCUUAUGUUAAUCAGUUUCAUAGUCAAUUAUCCGCUGCUUCAAAUCAUGGAAAUUUGGCACAAAGCACAUCUCAAUUGCAAGGGCUUGACUAUUCUAGACCCGGAACAUGGACUGAACACAAUGACUACAAUGUGAACAAUGGAAAAGUACAUGAAGAAAAAGGACAAAUUGUUGAUGGCCUUAAAACUGUAAGAUAUUUUAAAAAAAAUUAUUCAUCUUCAUAUGGUACAAGGAAUCCAAGUGGCACAAGACUGUCGGAAAUCGCACAGUUAAAUAAUAAUUACAGACAUGGUAUUUAUAUGCCCAGUUCAGAAGAUGCUUUUGAUUCUCAGAGGACACAUAAUCAAAUAGGUAAUUUGGAAUCAAUUGCACAACAGCAUGACUAUAACAGAAUACAGAGUCAACAACAUACACAAUCAUCAGUUAGAAGAACCAACUCGCAAAGUGAAAGGCUAGAAGAUUUUGGAGAACACAGUGGAAAUUCACAAGUGACACAACAAAGUGCAUCUGAUUUGAACACUCAGGUUUUACAACAGCCUUCUUAUGCUAUUACGCAAUCUGGAAAUUCUUAUAAAACCAAUGGAGGACAAGGGCAAGCUUUCGAAGAAGAAGGUCAAUAUGUAAGAGGACCUAAGAAAGUUCGUUAUUAUAAAAGAAAUUAUACGUCCAGUUACAGUUCAUCUAAUGGUCAUUCUGUUCCUGAUAUUGCAAACGUGGAGGAGGAUAAUGUACACAGAGAUUUUGAAAACAUUCACAGAGAAACAGGAGUAGACCAUAUAUAUAAAGAUAUCGAAAAUAUUCACAGAGAAAUUGACAAAUCUUAUAAUCAGGUAUCUACUGCACAGGGUAUAACAUCUAGCAACACUCCUCAAGCAAAUAUUAAUUCAAAUGGUGAUUUGAACACUGAUAGUUUUCACAGGUCAAAUAGUGAUGUUUAUAAACGUAGACAAGAUUACAAAAGUAAUUUAUCUAACAUGCACCAUAAUGAACAACAACAUCAUGAAGACAUUGCAAAUGAAUACGCCUCUCAACAAAAUCCUUCUCAAAGCACACAUAAUACAAAUACUUACAGAGCAUAUGGUAGACGUGAAGGGUAUGUAUUAAACCCUCUACCAUCUUCACAAUAUAUAAAUCCUACAACAGGAUAUACUAAUGUGCUUAGCACAGGAAAUAGUGGAUACAAUAGAAACAUGUAUAGUGAAGGAAACUUACUACAACAAGCAGACAAUUUGCAUCAAGUCGAACAUUUAGGUGAACAUCAAUCAUCACAUAGUCAAAAUCACAUGGAUCUUGACAAUUUAAAACAGAAUACAUAUAGUCAACAUAGUUUCCUAAAACCAGUUGCGCCUGGCAGGGUUUCACAUUAUAACGAACAAUGGAGUUCCAGUCACAGAGAAGAAACAUCUCUUCCCAGUUAUUCAUCAGGUAUUUCACAAAUCAGUGGACAGAAUGGGCAAUACAAUAAUCAAUACAGGGAAAAUAAUUACAAUACUGUGCAUCAAACAAAAUUGGGAAAAUUAAUGACUGGAGCAAUGGACUUAAGUCACGCACAUAGUAAUGAUGACUGUACACAAGGAACAGCUGAACAAAGCCACAUCAGUACCCAAUACCAUAGAAUAUACAAACGAAACGCCAAAGACGAUAAGUUAAAUAAUGAACCGCAACACAAACACCAAUUUGAUGAUCUCACUCCACAGACAGAAGAUUUAACACAAAGAACAGAUGAUUUCAAAGACCUCACACAACAGACAUCAAGCCAGAUUCAAUUUGAACACAGAAGACAACAUUCAGGACCACAAAUAAUUUAUUAUUUGAGACCAGGAAAUUUUCAACCUUGGAGACCAAGAAAUGCCAACCAAUAUUCUGAAGACUCAACACAACAAACUGGAAAUUAUGACGACCACACACAGCAGACAACAGGGCAGUCUCAAUUUGGACAGCAAACGGAACAAACUCAUCAGCCUUGGAGACCAGGAAGUACAAACCAACAUCCUGAAGAUUUAACACAACAAACUGGUGAUUUUGAUGACCUUACCCAACAGACAACGGGGCAUCUUCACUUUGGACAGCAUAUACAACAGUCUAAUCAACCUUGGAAACCAGGAAGUGCUAGCCGACAUCCUGAAGAUUUAACACAACAAACUGGUGAUUUUGAUGACCUUACCCAACAGACAUCUGGAAAGCUCCAACUUGGUCAGCAAGCAGAACAAUCUAAUCAACCUUGGAGACCAGGAAGUGCUAGCCAACAUCCUGAAGAUUUAACACAACAAACUGGUGAUUUUGAUGACCUUACCCAACAGACAUCUGGAAAGCUCCAACUUGGUCAGCAAGCAGAACAAUCUAAUCAACCUUGGAGACCAGGAAGUGCUAGCCAACAUCCUGAAGAUUUAACACAACAAACUGGUGAUUUUGAUGACCUUACCCAACAGACAUCUGGAAAGCUCCAACUUGGUCAGCAAGCACAACAAUCUAAUCAACCUUGGAAACCAGGAAGUGCUAGCCAAUAUCCGGAAGAUUUAACACAACAGACUGGCGAGUUUGAUGACCUCACCCAACAGACAUCUGGAAAGCUUCAGUUUGGUCAGGAAACGGAACAAUCGAAUCAACCUUGGAGAUCAGGAAGUGCUAGCCAACAUCCUGAAGAUUUAACACAACAAACUGGUGAUUUUGAUGACCUCACCCAACAGACAUCUGGAAAGCUCCAAUUUGGUAAGCAAGCAGAACAAUCUAAUCAACCUUGGAAACCAGGAAGUGCUAGCCAAGAUCCUGAAGAUUUGACACAACAAUCUGGUGAUUUUGAUGACCUCACCCAACAGACAUCUGGAAAUCUUCAGUUUGGUCAGCAAGCACAACAAUCUAAUCAACCUUGGAAACCAGGAAGUGCUAGCCAAGAUCCUGAAGAUUUGACACAACAAUCUGGUGAUUUUGAUGACCUCACCCAACAGACAUCUGGAAAUCUUCAGUUUGGUCAGCAAGCACAACAAUCUAAUCAACCUUGGAAACCAGGAAGUGCUAGCCAAGAUCCUGAAGAUUUGACACAACAAUCUGGUGAUUUUGAUGACCUCACCCAACAGACAUCUGGAAAACUCCAGUUUGGACAACAUACAGAACAAUCUAAUGAACCUUGGAGACCAGGUAGUGCUAGCCAACAUCCUGAAGAUUUAACAGAACAAACUGGUGAUUUUGAUGAUCUUACCCAACAGACAUCUGGAAAUCUUCAGUUUGGUCAGCAAGCACAACAAUCUAAUCAACCUUGGAAACCAGGAAGUGCUAGCCAGCAGCCUGAAGAUUUAACACAACAAACUGGUGAUUUUGAUGAUCUUACCCAACAGACAUCUGGAAAUCUUCAGUUUGGUCAGCAAGCACAACAAUCUAAUCAACCUUGGAAACCAGGAAGUGCUAGCCAGCAGCCUGAAGAUUUAACACAACAAACUGGUGAUUUUGAUGAUCUUACCCAACAGACAUCUGGAAAUCUUCAGUUUGGUCAGCAAGCACAACAAUCUAAUCAACCUUGGAAACCAGGAAGUGCUAGCCAGCAGCCUGAAGAUUUAACACAACAAACUGGUGAUUUUGAUGAUCUUACCCAACAGACAUCUGGAAAUCUUCAGUUUGGUCAGCAAGCACAACAAUCUAAUCAACCUUGGAAACCAGGAAGUACUAGCCAGCAUCCUGAAGAUUUAACACAACAAACUGGUGAUUUUGAUGAUCUUACCCAACAGACAUCUGGAAAUCUUCAGUUUGGUCAGCAAGCACAACAAUCUAAUCAACCUUGGAGACCAGGAAGUGCUAGUCAACAUCCUGAAGAUUUAACACAACAAACUGGUGAUUUUGAUGAUCUUACCCAACAGACAUCUGGAAAUCUUCAGUUAGGUCAGCAAGCUCAACAAACUAAUCAACCUUGGAAACCAGGAAGUGCUAACCAACAUCCUAAAGAUUUAACACAACAGACUGGCGAGUUUGAUGGCGUCACACAACAGACAUAUGGAAAGCUCCAAUUUGGUCAGCAAGCAGAACAAUCUAAUCAACCUUGGAGACCAGGAAGUGCUAGUCAACAUCCUGAAGAUUUAACACAACAAACUGGCGAGUUUGAUGACCUCACCCAACAGACAUCUGGAAAGCUUCAGUUUGGUCAGGAAACGGAACAAUCAAAUCAAUCUUGGAGACCAGGAAGUGCUAGCCAACAUUCUGAAGAUUUAACACAGCAAUCUGAUAAUUUUGAUGACUUCACACAACAGACAACGGGGCACCUUCAAUUUGGACAGCAUACAGAACAGUCUAAUCAACAUUGGAGACCUGGAAGUGCUAACCAAAAUUCUGAAGAUUUAACACAACAAAAUGAACAUGUUUUACAAGUAUCUGAUAUUAAUGGGAGCACAGGUCAAGUGUUUCCUAAGCCGCUUGCUAAACCUGCUAGCAAGCCAAGACCCAGGUCUAGAUAUUCAAGAGUUGGGUCUGUAGUCAAUGUACCUCCUGGAAGUCAUAAUGUUCAGGACUCAAAUAAUGAACAACCUUCCCAACCCACUAAUCCCAACCCACUCUUGGUAGAAGCUCUUAAUCAUUCUACCGACAAAUCUGCAGAUAGGUUGUCUGAGUUACCACCAAAAGUUGUUCCAGGAACUGAUGCAGAUGGACCCAGAAGUCAAGAUAUUAGAGGUGAUCAGAGUGUCGAUACAUCUGAGAAUAGCGAUAAGACUUCAACCCAAAAGACUGAAGGUUUACAGUGGCAUUACACAUAUCAUCCCAGUGAUAGAAGGCCGUUGGUGCAACAAGCAGAUAAAAGAGAUAAAGGCGAUGCACAACAACAAUCAACUAUUCCAGAUUUUCAUGAUUCUAAUGGCAAUACAGAUCAACAGCAAGCACAAGACAGAUACAUAUUUGAAGACUUGUAUCAACAGUCAUCUAGUCCAAAAGAAGUUUCAGGACUGCAUCAACAAUCCGAAGAUGAUCAAGAAAAAGUACAAUUGGAGUUUAGUCAACAGACAUUAGGUAAAGCAGAAGAUGGACUAAAACAAGUAGGAAACAAUAAUCCUCAAUAUCAUUUGGAACCAAGAAUAUUAGAAGCUUAUGGAGGUGGACCCUAUGAUGCAUUCCAUGAUGAAAAUAUAUAUGAUGGGGUAACAGUAAACCCUAGUGCUACUCUACCAGAAGUCAAUACUGCAGAUUCUUGGGAUGUUCGAGCAAAACCAUCAGAAACAACUGUACCAAUUUCUGAAGCAACACCUCCACCAUUACCCGUAGAACCUCUGUCACCUGAUGUAAACAAAGCAACUCCACCGCCAACAUUUUGGUCAAGAGUUGGAAACAAAUUAACAAAUACUUUUGACAAAGCUAAAGAAAAAGCUAGGAGCAUCUUUGGCUAAACGCAUGUAAUAUUGUCCAUUGAUAUGUAUUUAAUAUUAAAUUUAUUCUUUAUACAACAUGUUUUAUCAAUGUUAUUUAAUAUAUUGUUGUCUUGUAAUUAAUUCAAGAAGACAUAGUAUUACCGAACACUAUUAUUUUGAAAUUAUUAUGUAUUACGUUGUUAUUUAUA